AAAGAGUUGUUUUUUAUAGUAAUUUUUAAUUAAUAAAAAAUCUUUUAUAUUUAAAAAUUAACAUUUAAAAUAAACUGUUACAAUAAGUGUUUUUAGACUCAAUUUACAAAAGCAAAAGCUAAACUAGGAAGGUGAUGCCUUGAAAAAGGAAACGAACAGAAUUGGUUCAACUCCUGUCUAAAAUUCCAUGAUCGUUGGGAUUUGUUGAAGGGGGUUCCACUUACCAUCUUCCUCCGUUGAAAUGACUUUAAUAUUGGAGCUCAUUCCCAUAAAUACACCCUACGAAGCAUUUGAAAUCCCUAAUUAACCGAGAUCAAUCUCGCAGUCUCCAUGGCUUCUCCCGUCGUGGAUUGCGCAGCACCAAUCCGAGGAGCGGACAUGGAAGAAGACGAAGAAGAGCUCUUCGAGAUCAAUCUGGAGGCCGUCAACGGCAUCCCUCCGCCGCCGCCCCACCACCACAACCACCGCCGCGAACCCUGUUCGAGCACUGUCGCCUCCGCCGCUGCUAAUAAUUACGUGCUUCUGGCCAAUUGCUUGCUACCGGUGGCGGAUGUUUCCAACGCGGUUCCGACGGCGGAGGAUCGCAAUGCGUUGUCGUUUAAGGGAGGAAGUAAUUUUCUUCUGGUUAGUGCGGCGCCAAUGCCGGUGGAUGUUUGCUCUUCCCUUCUUCGAGGGAUUCUGGUUUGCAGCGGAAGGGAACCAAAGCGUGACUUGUUGAUUAAUUACAUGAAUUGAAAACAGGGCGAAAGGUGUUUUUGUGAUGUAUGAGUGUAGUGGUUUGCUGUAUUACACACUUGAUUGAGGGGUGGGUUUAAUAUUAAUCAGAAUAUGGCCAUGAGGUUUUUAUAUAUCUUGUUUAUUUUCUUUGGGUUGAAUUAUUUUGUAUCUUAUCAGGAUCUCUCGAGUAAAAAUCCAGAAAAAGUUGGCUAACAUUUUUUUCCAAUUCGAGUCUUGUCACG